AUGCAACCUCAAGUCACUGUACCCCUGUAUGCUGCAGUGCUAGGGCUCUUUUGCACUGCCUUGAGCCAACGACCUGUGACCUUUUCUCCUUUUGACCUCGAUGGAGUAUUCUUCAGUGUCGCCUGUCCUACCAUCACCGCCUCCUCUGGAUCCGGUCUCAUUUUCUUUCAGAUCAAGGCCUCAAGUACCCUACAGUGGGUCGGUCUAGGCCAAGGAUCGCAGAUGGCCAGGGCUAAUAUGUUCAUCCUCUAUUCGGCUUCCUCUAGUAAUGUGACGCUAUCCUCUCGCUCCGGGAAAGGUCAUUUCCAGCCAGUGCCUAAUCUGGACUCUCGGGUUUCUCUUCUGGAUGGUAGCGGUAUCCAAGACGGUAUGAUGACGGCCAAUGUGCUCUGCGAGAACUGCAAUGACUGGCAGGGCGGGUCUAUGGACCCGAAGAGUUCAUCGACACAAUGGUAUUAUACUUAUAGGGAGGGUUCGCCGAUAAAUUCUGAUAAUGUCACUGAGUUUAUCCAGAAGCAUGAUGGGCAUGGAGGUGCAAGCGCCGAUUUGUCUCACGCAGAGACAGUCUCUACUAAUCCGUUUUUAACAUACAGCCCAGCCACGGACUCAAGCUAUACUACCACUUCCACAGACGGCACUAGGGUUCCUGACAUGCCCAUCGCACAUGGGCUCAUGAUAGCUAUUUCGUUUAUCCUACUCUUUCCAUCACUUGCCCUGGUUGUCCUACUUCCCUACGCGAUCUCCAUCCCCAAAGUUCAUGCACCCCUUCAGAUCCUCACACUUGCCCUCGCCAUUUCUGGAAUGGAUGUAGGUCUUCAACUUGCUGUUGAAAAGAACCUGAUGAUGAACUCGCACCCUAUCAUUGGUAUUAUCGUCGUGGUGCUCCUUACUCUCUUCCAACCGGCAGUGGGGUUUUUCCAGCACCGUCACCUUCGCCGUGAUGGCGGCAAGAGUGUCUUUGCUUACGCACAUCGCUGGCUGGGCCGUUCGAUGAUCAUUCUUGGUACUAUCAAUGGAGGUCUUGGUUUCCACUUAGCGGGCAUAGGCAAUCCCGGUGCUCCUCAAAGUGCGAUGAUUGCAUAUUCAAUCAUUGCAGGAGUGGUGGGGUUGGCAUAUCUUGGGGUACAUCUUCUGGUGGGGAUGCAAGGAAGAUCUCAUCGACAAGAGCGGAAGCGCGAAUCUACUACCUCCAGGUAG